UGAUACUGAAGGUGGUUACUCUAAGUGUUACUCUAUUACUACCUCCACUUUUAUUAACUAAUUUGUUUCACCUUUGAGCUUCAGAAAGGACAUAAAAGGCACUGUAAUAUUCUAUUUUUUAAAACGUUCUCGUGCAACACAGAUGCAGAUUUUAAGAAAUACAUUUCGUUAAAUCAGUCAGACCAAGUUUGGGGUUUGUAGGGUAACGGCGCGGUUUGUGAACAUCUACCAUACGAUGACAGUCGAUAAUCUUCCCGAACCUGGAUCAAGUAUAACAGCUUACUGUUCUGACACCUUCAUACAAGGAGAUGUACUAUGUGUAGAUGCGUCUAAGAGGCUGAUCGUUCUGCAGAAACCCUCAAGUAUCGGCAGACCUGAUGAGUGUGACAUACUUAUUCUACGCGCUGAUUACCUUAGAGACCUAAAGAGCAUUAAAGAGGGGUCUCCACCAGCAUGUCCUGAACUUAAUAUUGAAAAGAUAAUUGAGCGUAUUCGAGUUAACGAACGUAUUCAAAAGGAGAAGUUGAAGUUUUAUGGCCACGAUGUCCCUGUGGACGCUCGUAAACUUGCUGAAUACCUGGAAACUUUUUUCACUGUAGUUUGGGAUAAGCCACAUAUUGUUGUAAUGGAUCAUACAAUCAUCAGCCCUCCUUAUAAGGAAAACAAUGUGUCUUGUAAUUCGGAUGCACAACAAGCCAAAUCACAAACAGACUAUGUACAAAGAGUGGUACGUUUGUCAUUUCUCACGUCACCGCGUCAUAGGUUAGUCGGUUUUAUCAAGAGCGGGUCACGGAUAAUAGGAGUGGAAAUUGACCUAACUUUCCUUUCAAAAAAUAUACAGUAUCUCCUAUCCAGUUGUUUUUUCUAAUGAACCAUUUAUCUAGUGGCAACAUUCAAUCUUAUAUUUUACAUUUAUAUAGUAAAGUUAGAACUUAAAUUACCACCUGUGGAAAUAUAGUUACACACCUCGAAUUGCAUUGCUAAGUAAA